CACGCGUGCCAGGUCAAGACAAACUUGCACCACCACAACACUGGCAAGAUGAAGUUGAACAUCUCCUACCCUGCCAAUGGCAGCCAGAAGCUCAUCGACAUUGAGGAUGAGCGCAAGCUCGCCGUCUUCAUGGAGAAGCGCAUGGGCGCUGAGGUCCCCGGCGACUCCCUCGGCGACGAGUUCAAGGGCUACAUCUUCCGCAUCACCGGUGGAAACGACAAGCAGGGUUUCCCCAUGAAGCAGGGUGUCAUGCACCCCAGCCGUGUCCGCCUCCUCCUCUCCGACGGCCACUCCUGCUACCGCCCCCGACGAACCGGCGAGCGCAAGCGAAAGUCGGUCCGCGGCUGCAUCGUCGCCAUGGACCUGUCCGUCCUGGCCCUCAGCAUCGUCAAGCAGGGCGAGGCCGACAUCCCCGGCCUGACCGACGUCGUCCAGCCCAAGCGCCUCGGCCCCAAGCGAGCCACCAAGAUCCGCAAGUUCUUCAACCUCACCAAGGAUGACGAUGUCCGCAAGUACGUCAUCCGACGAGAGGUCCAGCCCAAGGGCGAGGGCAAGAAGCCUUACACCAAGGCUCCCAAGAUCCAGAGACUGGUCACCCCCCAGCGCCUGCAGCACAAGCGCCACCGUCUCGCUCUCAAGCGCCGCCAGGCCGAGAAGGUCAAGGACGAGGCCAACGAGUACGCCCAGAUCCUGGCCAAGCGUGUCGCCGAGGCCAAGGCCCACAAGGCCGAUGCCCGCAAGCGACGAGCAAGCUCCAUGCACAAAUAAGGGGUUUCGUUCGGGCGUUUUCUUUAUAUAAUGAAUGUAAAAAAAGGGGGGAGGGGAAAUUCCAUCAUCAUACCUUUGGUCCUGUGGUUUGCAUGCAAUCGGAGUGAAGGGAUAUCUGGGGCUUUCAGAUAAAAAAAGGCCCAACCUGCCACGAAUGUAUUAGAAGCAUUUCGAUUUCAAAAUGCAUUCAUGACGCCAUUCAUGACA